CGUAACAUACCCUUUAUCCAUUUUUAAAAAUUUUCCCCAUUGCUUCAUGAGACAGAAAGGAGCUGUACGAAGCCAUAAACCCUUGAGAUCUCCCUCCAAAAGACCAAAACCCUAAUUAUCUUCACCAUUGAAACUAACGAAGUAAAAAUGGACUCAAUAAAAAAAACAGAGCAUGAAAACCUUAAUAUCAAUAAUAAGGAUGUUGUAAAGAACAAGAAGAAGAAAAAAGAGGUCGCUCCUUUCGGAAAUUACAGGAAUUACUAUGGCUAUCGUGUUGGUCACAACGUUGAGGAAGAUCCUCGUUUUAAAGUAUUCAAAGAGGAAUGGUUUGAAGGCAAAGAUUGUCUUGACAUUGGAUGUAACAGUGGAUUGAUAACCAUUAAUAUUGCGAAGAAAUUUGGUUGUAGGACCAUCCUUGGCAUUGAUAUUGAUCAUAACCGGAUUAAUGAUGCUUGGUGGUGCCUUAAUAAAAUUGCAAGAAAACAGAAGACAAAAGAGAAGGCUGGGAACACAAGUACUGUGGUCUCUGAGUCAAAGGUUGUUAAGGGUAUGCAUGUAUUGGAAUGUAUUGAAACUUAUUCCUCUAGUCCAAAAAAUGACGAGACUGAUACAUCCUCUACAGAAAGGAAUCUUGUUGACAUUGUGUCUUUCCGGUGUGAAAAUUUUGUAACUAGUUGGCAAGCACUUCCACUCAAACACUAUGAUACCAUUGUUUGUUUGAGUAUGACAAAAUGGGUUCACUUGAACUGGGGCGAUGAAGGACUGAUAUCGUUAUUUGCUAAAUUUUGGAGACUUCUACAUCCGGGUGGCUUUCUUAUCUUGGAGCCUCAGCCGUGGGAGUCUUAUUACAAGAAUAGACUUACAACUGAGACAACACAGAUGAAUUACAACUACAUUGUAUAUACACCUGAUUUGUUCCAGGAAAUACUUCUUGACAAGAUUGGAUUCAGAACAGUGGAACAAGCAACUACAAGUGUAUCAGGUGCAACAUUGGGUUUCAAUAGACCUGUUUUAGUUUUCCGUAAAUGAAAAAAGCGAAAGGCAACGGUCAGACUAACUCUAUGUUUUGGGGUUCAUAUCCUUGUAAUUAUAUCGGCAGCCAACAACUACAAGGUUUUUGUUGGUGCCAAAUUACAGAUUAUUUGCUGGUUAUACACGAUGUGUAAAAAUUGUCCAAUUCGUACUUGAAAUAUGAUGUCAAAAAUGGCAUAACAUAAGGCUUGUGCUUGUCCUUCAAGAUUUCUUUUUAAUUAGAGUCAUUUAUUACCCAUUUGAUGGAGUAACAUUGAUACCAUUGAGAAGUGUUAUAAAGAUACGUUUAUUGGGAU